CAUUUUCUCCAGCAAAUCGCUUGCUCACCGACCGAAAUUUUAUUAUUUCAUUUAUUGUUUCGUAGAGAAGAAUCCAGAGGAGCUAGCUUUUCCGUAACGCUGUUUUGUGAUCGAUCAGAUUUCAGGAAUAGAGAAGAGGGAGCCAACCCUUAUUGCGUUCGUUGUCAAGGUUUAGGGUUUUAUCGGUGCUUUUGGCAUUGAAAGUUGAAACACCAGCCAUGGAUGCAAGUGCAAUGAAGGGAAAUAUUCUGGCGCUCACGGAUGAAGUGGUCUUACCCGUGGCUGCAGUUUUGACUGCAAUUAAGGCGCUUGAGAGUGAAGGGACUGUUCAGAAUGAUCCUCUAAUCAUCACCCAAUCCUCGUCUUUAAAAGAGCUACCAGUUCAGACCUCCUCUGUGGACAUUGUUGUCUCAAUCUCAAGGACACUUGAACUUCUUGGAGAUAAUUUGCUUGAAGAGAUAUCCAGAGUGUUGAAACCUGGUGGGACGGUCCUAAUUCAGAGUCUGCAGCAACCAAGCUCUACUCUUGAGCGCAGAAUACUGAUAGCAGGAUUCCUUGAACCCCAAGUACUCCAACUAAAACCAUUUUUACGACAGGAAGAUGUUCUGCCCCUUACGAUUAAGGCCAAAAAACCUUCUUGGAAGAUUGGUUCGUCAUUUUCCAUCAAGAAGAAAACACAAAGUUUGCCAAAGGUCCAAAUUGAUGAUGACAUGGAUCUUAUUGAUGAAGACAGUCUUUUGACUGAGGAAGACUUGAAGAAACCACAAUUGCCACCUGUUGGUGAUUGUGGAGUUGGAAGGACAAGGAAAGCUUGUAAGAAUUGCAGUUGUGGGUGGGCUGAUGCAGAUCAGAAAGUGCAGCUGGGGGCCACUGCAGAACAGCUGGACAACCCUCAAUCUGCAUGUGGUAGUUGUGGACUAGGGGAUGCAUUCCGGUGCAGUACAUGCCCUUACAAGGGUCUCCCUCCAUUCAAGUUGGGUGAGAAGGUAUCGCUCUCUGGGAACUUCCUUCUUGCUGACAUUUGAUUUUUGGGAGGACAAACUUGGUAGACGCUUUGCGUUAUUGAGGACCUCGAGUUUUGAGGCUAAGAGGAGUGCUAUGGCAUGGUAGUCUUGUCUUCAAGUUAUUUGACGUACCGUCGUCAUUAGACGAUAUAGGAAUUAGAUUCAAAGAUUGAAAUACAUCAAAACAGAUAUGCCCUUGUCAUUCUGCUUUGUGU